AUGGUCGAUCUCAGCGAAGUUUGUAGACUUUGCCUACCUUACUGGGUACAGCAGGAUGUGGUAGCACUGGAGAGAGGAGACCAUAACAGUUGUGGGAAAAAUGGUGGUAAUGGUGGUGUUGGUUGCGGUGGUGGUGAUGGUAGUAGCAAUGUGGAGGUAUGGUGGUCGGUGUUAAUAGUGGGAUGUGGUGGUUAUGGGUGUAGAGGUAACAAUGGUGCUAGGGGUGGUGGUAGCGUCAAUAGUGGUAGUUGUGGUUGUGGUGGCAAUGGUGGCGAUUGUGAUUAUGGUGGAGUUAUGGUGGUGAUGGUGGCGGUGAUGGCAACAAUGGUGGUAGUGGCAGUCACUGAUGGCAGUUGCGGUGGUGGCAACAAUGGUGGUGGUAAUGGCAUAGGUGGUAUAAGCGUUCCAUUAACCGAAUCAAUCACUUCAACCCAACAGCUUCUUCACUUCUCUCAGCAGGCUGGUCUUAACCAAGCUGAGGCCACUAUCACCAGCGAUAAUGGCGAGUACCUCUUGGAGUUAUCAAUCGGAACACCGCCCUUUCCAAUCAAAGGAAUUGCUGACACAGGUAGUGAUCUAAUUUGGACCCAAUGCAACCCUUGCGUAAGUUGUUACAAACAAAAAGAUCCUGUUUUUGAACCCAAAAAAUCCUCAACCUACAAAGCCCUUUCUUGCUCUUCAAGCCAAUGUAACUCUCUAAAUGGUACUUGCUCUAGUGAGAGUUCUAGUAACUGCCAAUACGAAGUCACCUAUGGAGACCAAUCAUACAGCUAUGGAGAUUUUGCCAGAGAAACCCUAACCCUAGAAUCCACCACUGGCAGAAAUAUAGCAUUCCCAGAAACCCUAAUUGGAUGUGGGUUUGACAAUAAAUUUACCGCUGGUAGAGGUAGCGCGUCCGGCAUAGUAGGCCUUGGAGGUGGCUCAGAGUCCCUAAUUACCCAAUUGGGUUCUUCUAUUGGUGGAAAAUUCUCCCAUUGCUUGGUCCCAUUGGGUUCCGAAACCACAAGCAAGUUGAAUUUUGGUAGUAACGCUGUCGUUACAGGCGCUGGAGUUGUGUCCACUCCUAUAGUCCAGGGCCAAGAUCCUAAAACCUUCUACUUCUUGACCUUGGAAGGUAUAAGUGUUGGUAACACAAGAAUUCCUUCUUCGUCAUCAGCUGUCUCCUCAGGUGAAGGCAACAUUAUUAUCGAUUCUGGCACCACAUUGACCAUACUUCCACCAUCGGUGUACUCGGAUUUGGAAGCAGAAGUUGAUAAAGCCGUUGGUAGUUUGGAACAUGUGCGACUCCCCGGCGUUCCUUUGAAUCUUUGCUACAAGAUUAGUGAAUCCAGUUCUGAUGAUUUCAAGCCACCAACCAUCACUGUGCAUUUCAGCGGUGGCGAUUUGAAGUUGCCUCCGACUAACACCUUUAUUAGGGUCAGUGAGGAGGCUGUGUGCUUUGCUUUCGGUUCUUCUCCAAGUGUUUUAAUCUUUGGGAACCUGUCACAGAUGAACUUCUUGGUCGGAUAUGAUACUAAGGAGGGGACUGUUUCCUUCAAGCCAACUGACUGCACCAAGCAGCAGUAA